AUGGCAGGUGCAAAAGCUCCGGCUCCAAAGCUGGAUGCUACAAAGAAAUCUCCAGCCAAGAAAGCCGAUCAUGCCCGCAGCAAGGCGAAGAAGAAGACCCUCACGGAGAAGAAGCCCAAGAAGGGGAAGCCCCACUGCAGCCGAAACCCCGGCCUGGUGAGAGGGACUGGCAGAUACUCCCGGUCCGCCAUGUACUCCAGGAAGGCCCUGUACAAGAGGAAGUACGGGGCUCCCAAGUCCAGGAUUGAGAGGAAGAAGAAGAGGGAGAAGGUGCUGGCUACCGUCACGAAACCAGUUGGUGGCGACAAGAAUGGUGGCACCAGGGCGGUCGAGCUUCGCAAAAUGCCGCCCUACUACCCCACCGCAGAUGUCCCUCGGAAGCUGUUGAGCCACGGCAAAAAGCCCUUCAGCCAGUACGCGAGGAAGCUGCGGGCCAGCAUCACCCCUGGGACCAUCCUCAUCAUCCUCACGGGGCGCCACAGGGGCAAGAGGGUGGUUUUCCUGAAGCGGCUGAGCGGUGGUUUGCUGCUCGUGACUGGGCCUCUUUCCCUGAAUCGGGUUCCCCUGCGUAGAACACACCAGAAAUAUGUCAUCGCCGCCUCCACGAAAAUGGACAUCAGCGGUGUGAAAAUCCUGAAGCAUCUCACCGAUGCUUAUUUCAAGAAGAAGAAGCUGCGGAAGCCCAGACACCAGGAAGGCGAGAUCUUCGACACGGAGGAGAAAUAUGAGAUAACAGAGCAGCGCAAGGUUGAUCAGAAAGCUGUGGACUCGCAAAUACUGCCGAAGAUCAAGGCUGUGCCGCAGCUCCAGGGACACCUGCGGUCUGUCUUUGCUCUAACAAACGGAGUUUACCCUCACAAACUGGUAUUCUGGUUUCGGAGGGGAAGCUCAUUAAAUAACGAACAACAACAACAAAAUAAGUAA